CACACAUCACUGACACCAACUUAUUCAUUACAGAUUCAUUUAAUAAAAAAAAUAAUACAUUGAACAAUGGUAGCUGCAUCUAAACAAGAGGUCGACUCGGCUGAACAGGUUCACACUCCAGUUCUUCGAAAAGAAUCACCCUCGAUCCUUGCGCUCGGGAAAUUGUUUCCGAAAAGCGAGACUCUUGACCACACAGUCCGUUUCUUGAAUCAAGUUCGAGGCACCGAUAAGACCCUCAUGGUUGUACAAUACUUUUCCAAAAUCUUUGUUUGGUACUUUUUGAAACGUGGUCGUGAAUCAACAGCUCAGCGUAUCAAGAACCUGUCUGGACCCAUUUCGGACUUCCGUGUCCUUCUCCGUUACUAUGGUCUCUUGCCAUUGAUUCAGUGGAUGCAAUAUGUCGACAGCACACCUUCCUCUAGCCCUUUGCUCUUGCUUAUUGACCGCCUUCAAAACAUUUGCAACUUAAUUUAUUAUCCUCUCGAACACAUUUAUUGGCUGGGAGCACAUGAAGUGAUCCCGAUUUCGAUGGAAAAGACCAACAAGAUCGCAAUCUGGUCCUGCCGCUUCUGGGCAGCCUAUGUUGUGUUACAAUUUGCACACUUGGCGGAGGAGUACCGUCUGUAUAAGGUUCGCCUACAGUCAACUCGUGCAAACAUCAAGGCUGCUGAUGCCAAGGCCAGGGAGACAGGCGAGCCUGUGGACAAGACAGAGUAUAAGAGGGAAUUAGCGGCAUUAAAGGCAGAGAAGAAGGGUAUUUUGAUUAAUACUGUGAUCAACACUGGAUAUUUGCCCUUAACAGUCCAUUGGAGUUUGGAGAAGAGCAGCUUCCCUGAUGUUGGUGUCGGUAUCUUUGGAGGGAUUGCAGCGUUGGCUCAAUUCUAUGUUGCCUGGAAGUCGUCCUAAGAUAUUUUGCAAAUGAUAGCAAGUGGUGGAUGAUGGGGACUAAAACAAGUUGCAGCAUGUAAAAAUAUAUAUAAAGAAUAAUGAACCGCAACCCCGUGGCUCCGCCACGGUCGGCUCUUGCCCU